ACAAGUAUAAAAAAAAUAUAUAAAAAUUCGUACUAAUCGCGCGAGUGAGCUGUUUAUUUAACGAAAUAUCGAUACUAACUUAUUGACAUUUAUCGAGCAGUCUUCAAGGAGAACGGUGCCUUGCUCAAUCGCUCAAUUUUCGGUGAUCUGUAAGUCGAGCUUCGUACGUUUGAGAAAAAAAAAAUUCGUAAUCUCUAAUCGUGCACACGUUCCGCUGGAUAUUUUUUUCUCCGAUACAAGUUUAUCCGGAAAAAUCGUUCGUAAAGAAUGUGAAGUGCUGGCCACGGUUCUUCCUAUCUCCGGCAAGAGAUGUUCGCAGAACGGUUAUCUUAAUUUCUACGAAUGAAAUUGUACGGAUGACAUUAUCGGGGGAAGUAAAAAACGAUGAAAUGUGAUCGAAGCCACCCUUCGAUUCGAUCUUUCUAAAUAACUCGGAACGAACAUCGAAUUGAAUUGUAUUUCCCUGUAGCGCGACGACGUUGACGUCGAGACGACGACAACAGGAACCGUGAAUCUGGGUCAGAGAAGAGGAUUCUAGACGAUAAACAUCGGAAGCUCUCAGUCAACGCGAGCAGAAGUCACUCUUGAGAAAUGGCAAAGCUCGUCAAGUAAUAAUUAUCAGUAUUCAGCAAACUACGAAAUUAGACAAGACUUUCAUUCAAAUCUAGAGUAUACGAAAUAAUUGUUUCAACGAUAACGAUUCACUGCCAAAGAAAGAAUUUAAUAAUUCUACACUUUAGAAAAUCUUGCAAGGAAGUCGUGAAAAAAACAUCGAUUGACGCAAAUUUGAGAAAAACAUUGCACAUAUUUUUCUUUGCUUAAUUACAAUCGCAAGCUUGUAAAAAUAGUAGACGCUCGUUUAAAAAAAAAAAGCGGGAGGACGAAGGUAGACAAAAAAGGAAGGAGAGACAAAUACGCACCGAAAUCGGUGAUAUGUGUCGCGCUGGCUCCCGGAGCCUCGAUGACCUUGACCCCGCGAGUAUGAAGCACCCAUCGAGGUCAGCGGGUCUCGAGGUUGCUAUGGCGCUCUUCGGCAUGGUUUGGCUGUUGCGCGUCCAGUCUGAGAUGCGUCGUUGCUCGAAAUGUCGGCACGAGGCGAUGCUUGCUCAGCAGCAGCAACAGCAACAUCAGCAACAAGUGCUGCAGCAGCAGCAGCACCAUCAUCAUCAUCAUCAUCAGCAUCACCAACAACAACGCACUCUAUCGCAGGCUACUAGUCUGCUGCAGACGAUGUCCGACGACGGUGUUAGCUCUUCCGCCAACACUUUAUUCACGUUGGACACUCCUGGAGCGGCUGGCCCGGCCGGAAGUUACUGCGAAGUGCACGGAUACAUUCAGGCGAAAGAAGAUAUCCAGGAGUUUUACGAGCUGACGCUGCUCGACGAGUCGAAAUCGGUGCAGCAGAAGACGGCGGAGACGAUCCGCAUCGCGGAUAAAUGGGAAGCCAGCGACGGGCCAAUCACGCCGACCUUCGCCCAGAAUGACGAUGGUCCAGCCUCCGUCUUGCCGUUGACCCAGACUCUAUCGAACAUUUAUGGCCGCAGAUCGGCCAGUCCCGAUGUUCCAGGCCCCGAUGUAGAUGAGAUUCAGAAAACAAGAUAUGAUAAUGUAGGGGUGGAGGAACAGUUGCCACCACCGCCGUCGCCGCCUCAGUUAAAAGAGGCGGCCCAACUGGAUGGAGUUCCUAGACCGAAUUCGGUCGACCGUAUCCUUCAUUCUGACAAUACCCAGCAUAGCCAUGAGACGCUCAACAAGAGUCAUGACAGCUGGCAGGGACACGAUAGUGAUCAGGCACACACUCCUCUUCUCGCGGCCGACACGAGACACGUGAAUGGCGAUGACGACUGGGAGUACGAGGAGAUCGUUUUGGAACGAGGAGGGGCGGGCCUAGGUUUCAGUAUCGCCGGCGGCACCGACAAUCCGCAUUACGGCAACGAUACUGCAAUUUACAUCACUAAGCUCAUACCGGGCGGCGCCGCGUCCGCGGAUGGCCGCCUACGUGUCAACGACACGAUACUGCAGGUGAACGACGUGUCCGUCGUCGACGUACCGCAUGCGGCCGCCGUAGACGCGCUGAAACGGGCCGGCAACACCGUCAAGCUGUACGUACGUCGACGGAGACACACUCAGCUAAUGGAGAUCGAGCUUAUCAAGGGUAACAAGGGCCUCGGCUUCAGCAUUGCCGGCGGUAUCGGCAAUCAACAUAUACCAGGCGAUAAUGGGAUUUACGUUACCAAAAUCAUGGAUGGCGGAGCCGCCCAGGUAGACGGUCGUCUCGUCGUCGGUGACAAAUUGGUGGCCGUCAGGAAUGCUCUGCAGGGCGAUAAAAACCUGGAGAACGUGACACACGAAGAGGCUGUGGCGACCCUGAAGGCGACCCAAGAUCGCGUCGUACUUCUGGUCGCCAAACCGGAAAGUGGGAUCGUACCUCCGCCUCCUCCUCCAAUAGCAACGGACAAUUCUCUUUCGCCUCAGCCACGUAAGCAAAACGGUUCCGUGUCGGCGCUAGAAAACAACACCGCGACGCUACCGUACUCGCAGGAAUCACGUCACGCGUCUUCCCUAGCUCUCCAAGCCGCUGGAACACCACGGGCAGUAUCGCAGGAAGAUGUCUCACGGGAAGUACGCACUGUCGUAUUAAAUAAAGGUUCUUCCGGCCUUGGUUUCAACAUCGUCGGCGGUGAAGACGGCGAAGGCAUCUUCAUCUCGUUCAUUUUAGCCGGAGGUCCGGCCGACCUCAGUGGUGAAUUACGCCGAGGCGAUCAGAUACUGAGCGUUAAUGGUAUCAACCUCCGAACAGCCACUCAUGAGGAGGCUGCGGCGGCCCUCAAGGGCACUGGCCAGACAGUGACGAUCGUGGUGCAAUAUAAACCCGAGGAUUAUAACAGAUUCGAAGCGAAGAUCCAGGAUCUUAAACAACAAAUCUCGCAACAAAAUGUGAUGACAGGCACCCUCAUGAGGACCUCCCAGAAGAAAUCACUUUACGUUAGAGCGUUGUUCGAUUACGACCCCAACAAGGACGAUGGUCUACCGAGCCGUGGCUUGGCAUUCCGUUACGGUGAGAUUUUACACGUGACGAACGCCAGCGACGACGAAUGGUGGCAGGCAAGAAGGGUCACCCCACAAGGCGACGAAGAGGGUCUGGGCAUAAUACCUUCGCGCAGGCGAUGGGAGCGCAAGCAGCGUGCCAGAGACCGUUCUGUCAAAUUCCAGGGACACAUGCCGGUCAUUCUUGAUAAGCAAUCGACGUUAGACCGGAAGAAAAAGAACUUUUCGUUCAGCAGGAAGUUCCCAUUCAUGAAGAGUAAGGACGAUAAGUCCGAGGAUGGCUCCGAUCAGGAACGAACGCCCACCACACCCGAGAAUGAGAACGAUCCCACCCCAUUCAUGCUGUGCUACACCCAGGACGACACUAACACUGAAGGUUUGUCUUGCGCUACAGGGAGUAAAGAAAUUUUGUAUCGCGUUCAGCUGCCGUAUAUGGAGGAACUCACGUUAGUUUAUCUGGAAAUGGAGGGCGAUGAGCCCAAUGACGAGCUUAGCAGCGAAGAGAACGUGCUGUCAUACGAAGCCGUGCAACAGCUGACGAUACAGUACACUCGUCCUGUGAUCGUUCUCGGACCGCUCAAGGAUCGCAUCAACGACGAUCUCAUCUCGGAGUUCCCUGAUAAAUUCGGCAGUUGUGUACCACAUACAACAAGGAGUAGAAGAGAAUACGAAGUGGACGGACGAGAUUAUCACUUUGUAGCCUCGAGGGAACAAAUGGAGAGAGAUAUACAGAAUCAUUUGUUUAUAGAGGCCGGACAGUAUAACGACAAUCUUUACGGAACGUCCGUGGCAUCUGUGAGAGAAGUUGCCGAAAAAGGCAAACACUGCAUUCUUGAUGUGAGUGGAAAUGCUAUCAAGAGGUUACAAGUAGCCCAACUCUAUCCCAUUGCCAUCUUUAUCAAACCGAAAUCGAUCGAAUCUGUCAUGGAGAUGAACAAGAGGAUGACCGAGGAGCAAGCAAAGAAAACGUACGAACGCGCUCUGAAAAUGGAACAAGAAUUUGGUGAAUACUUUACUGCCGUCGUCCAAGGAGACACUCCCGAAGAGAUCUAUGUAAAAGUGAAGGAAGUGAUUUCCGAGCAAUCAGGACCGAACAUCUGGGUUCCAUGCAGGGACCAACAACUGUGACGUCCUGCCCCCCACGCUCAGCAUGGGCCCAACGCCUGGACCCUGCCACCGAGGCGGCAAGCUUAAUUAUUCACGAUAAAUACGAUUGAGUAACGCUCUAACGCCGCCCUUUUCCCGUGCCUCCCUCUCUCCCUCCCGUAAUCCCAUCAAUUAUUCAUGUAGCACAAGGUCCCUACUUAAGGCGCGCAACGCGACGUAUUUAAGUCGAGAAAAUACUUAAGGGUACGAUCCUUCAUGAUAUCAUCCUGACCACUUUGCCCGCGAAAAAAAUUGAUAAAUCUAAAGUCAGGCUGGUGACACGUGUGAUUUAUUAUUCUCCCCUUAGUUCGAAAUCUAGUGGAAAAUUGUCGAGCGCAACGAGGGAACUGGACUACUCUCGUAUGUGCUCGUAUCGUGUUUGAAUUUUAUCGCGACUGAUGUCUCCGAUGAAAAAGAAAGUAACGGAGAGAAAUUCGCAAUUUUUAUCAUAUGACCAUCGAUUAUUUGUGUGUAAUCGUCUUUAAUUUUAGUAAUUAACCUCGCAAACUAGAGGCAUUGUACAAUUGCUCGGAGAAACUUAUGACGUGUACGUCGAGAUCGAAUGAGCAGGCAACUCGGAAGGGUUUCUUCGAAUCGGAGAACUCGACCGAAGUGAUCGCGUAUUCGAUCGUAUCUUAUUCUCGAGCACGGUAUUUUUUAAUGUACUUAAGCGCAGUUUUUAACGCGCCAGGAACUCGUCGAGUUUACUUGGCGAAUUCGAUGAAACAGGAGAAACGCGGCUAGGAGAGAAAAAACUUAUAGCCCCAGCGACGUUAUGUAUGUGUUAACGCGAACUUCACGAUUAUAAAAGAAACACAGAAAAAAAUGCAGAAAAAAAGAGAAAAGAAACCUCACAGGACAAAUCUUUAGCUGUUAGAUACACACAUAGCGAUAUAUAAUGUUUUGUACAGCUAGAUAACUAAGCCAGUAACUGGGUUAUGUGCAACAUUAUAUUUGCGACAUGGGCGAUGCGAAAAACGAGAAAAAAGAGAGAAGGAGCAAAAAACACUAUUGUAAUUUAAAAAUAUCACUACUAAAUUAUUACUAUAUGAUAGUAGGUAUGUGUAUUAUUGUAAAUACAUAUUAUACUCGCGUAUAUAAUGUCGAAACGGAGAGACGUAGCAGACGGAGGUAAGGGAUCGAAGAAAGUAAGAGAGAGAAGAGAGAGAGAGAGAGAGAGAGAGAGAGAGAGAGAGAGAGAGAGAGAGAGAGAGAGAGAGAGAGGAAGAAGCACACAUUGGCGGCUUUUUCUUCAUACGCAGCUCAGCUACGCGAUAUCAUUCAAUAUCCUAAGGAAGUGAUGAAUUUCACGCCCAUUAGUCGCGUUCUCGUAAAAAAAAUUUUCGGCGUGAGCGUAGGUUUAUGCCGCUCCUUUGUAUCUUAAGGUAUAGUUCUUUGCAUCGGAUCAAUCGCUGAGCGAAUGUGAGAGAUUAAACUUGCACGAGUUAUCAGCGGAUCGAUGCAAUUGGCAAAAAGACAGAGAAGGAGAAGAUAGAAAAUCAAUGAUGUACUUAUAUGAUGUGUCGCGGGAGAAUUAUAUAAAAGGCGUAAACGGAUGAAGCUGCGGCUUUCGGUCAGGUUCCAUCAGGUGGGCCUAAUACCGAAAAUUGAUUUUCCCAAUAAGCGGAGAUUUUUUAUCUGUGAAUUUGCGUUUAGAAUAAGCGACUCUCGAUAAUAAAAUCUCUCGCUUGGCCUUCAUUCGUUCAUCGGGCUAUGAGCUCGCAAUCGCGUGCACUAUCGAUGCUUUGUCCGCUUGCUUCUUCCGUUUCCCUAGCAUUAAUCGCGCGAAAAGAUAUAAUAAUAUAGGGUUUUCCCGAUGGAAACGAUGCGAACCGGAUAUCGAAUUGUUGCAACACGAGGUGUCAUUACGACAAUUUAAUUGUAAUAUAGCUAUUGUCGUUGAUACACAGAGAUAUGCGAGUCGCGAUCAUAGAGAUUACGACGACGAUGAUAUAAUGAUAACAAUGAUGGCAUAUAAUGAUGAUUGCCCGGAAUAGAGCCGUUCUUUUUUUCUCCCUUAUUUCGUAGUAAACAUUUGAACUCGCGAGGACCGAUAAUAUCGCGCAGAUAUACGCUUUCGGGCUAUUUUUUCCUACCGCGAGUCCUAGACUAUUAUCAUUAAGCGCGCAUCACAAUACGAGAUAGAGCGAGAUACGGAGCGACGAGCUUCGGCUUGUGCCUGAAGGACAGAAGGCCUGGCUUCGUUAAGUUGUCGAGUAAUGUCUGUCUCGAUGUAAAAGACCGUAUAUAAAGAGAAUAAUUACUGCAGACACCUAUUAUACACCUCUAUAGUCUAUUUAAUAAUAUUACUUAUUGAAUUGUCAAUCUCAUGUUCACCUUGUUUCAUCGUUUUUAAAUAGUUAAUAAACGUUUUACCAAUUUUA